AUGCAAAAUGCAUCAAAGAUGCUCGUGUACGAGAAGGACCUGGCGGUAAAUGCCGAGGUUCAUCAUGAGCGAACUCAUCUUGAACGCCCUACCCCAGUCCGAUCUGUUGCGAUACAUGCCGAAGACUGGACCGUCGAUGAGAAAGUACGUCCACUUUGCGACGAAAAGGACAAAAAUCAGACUCCAGGAGAGUCAGCGGACAAGGAAACAUCAGAGGCGGGCGCGUGCACCCACUUCGAUCGCCUAGAGGUCCGUUUGAAGCUAGGCAAUGGUAUAUCCGGCUUGGAUGGCGCCGGAACCUUUGAUGAUAUCACUCUCAAGAUUGGAGGCGACUCUUUGACUCUCGCAAAGCAUCCAUCGAGAGGAACCGUAGACACGCGAAAUAUUGACCUUCAGAAGGCUUUCGGGUCAGCCAGCGUUCCCAAAGAGGAGAUCAGGUCUUUUCGUCUCUCCUCCGUGAAAGACGAACGCUACAAUCCAGACUCGUGGGAGCUUGCAGGUAUAACAUUUGAAGGGAAAUGCACUGGGUCGUCCAAAGUGGCCAAAGUCGAUAAAUACGCCUCGCUCUACGAGUGGUUUAACCGUUACGGAGAGGGGGGGUCUUCCCAGAGGACGUUGUGCGGCUCUGUCCUGGCUUGA